AUGGCUUCCAUCCGUGCCAAUUGCCGCAAGAUUAUGUGUAUCGGCCGUAACUAUGCCGAUCACAUUACCGAGCUGAAUAGCGCAACCCCCAAGCAACCCUUCUUUUUCCUUAAGCCCGCCUCCUCCAUCCUUAUUCCGGGCGCCGGACCCGUCCUCCGCCCCAAGGGCGUCAGCCUCCACUAUGAGGUCGAAUUGGGUUUGAUUAUGGGCAAGACCAUACGGGACCUGGAUCCCAAUGAUGAGCAGGGCGCGCUGGACGCGAUUCACAGCUACAUCCUCGCAAUCGACAUGACAGCCCGCAACGUCCAAGACGAAGCCAAGAAGAAGGGCCUCCCCUGGUCAAUCGCCAAGGGCUUCGACACCUUUUGCCCGAUCUCUCAGGAAAUCGCCAAGUCGCGCAUCCCCAACCCCCACGACGCAUUCCUGCGCCUGAAGGUCGGUGACGUUGAGCGCCAGGCUGAUUCGACUAGCUUGAUGCUGCACCGUAUUCCUAAGCAGCUGGCUCAGAUUUCUCGCGUGAUGACGCUUGAGAAGGGUGAUAUUGUUUUGACUGGUACGCCGAAGGGUGUUGGCCAGGUUCAGGCUGGUGAUAUCAUGCGAGCUUCUAUUGAGGUCGGUGGGAAGGAGAUUGAGGAGGGUCGCAUUGAGGUUGAGGUGCAAGAUCGUGAGGGGCGGUAUGAGUUUAAGGAGACUUAG